AUUGCAAUGCCAUUGAAUGCAUUAAAACACGUACUAAUAGUAACUGAAAAUUGUUUUUUUUUUAGAGACAAUUGUCAGACAAGACAUCGCAUUACAUGUGAAGACAGAAAAUACUGACCACUUGUCGGACAUUAUUAACUAUAAUGACAACUACUUUAUUGACGACCAUUACGGCAAUCGGGGCCUUAUUUGUGUCGCUCGUCAUUAUCAUUGACACGGGAUGUUUGGCCAGCCGUAUGACAGGCGGUUGGUCUCUGAUGUUAGUCGACAGCGAAGAUGUCAAGAAUCUGACAGAUUUUGCGGUCGAUAUGUAUAAUAAGCGGUCGAAUGCUAUUCAUUACAAACAAUUGAUUCGCAUUAAAGACGCCAAACAACAGGUAGUCUCCGGACGCAAGAUAUCCAUUACUUUUGUUGUCGGAGAGACCAACUGUUCAAAGAAUGGUAUCAAUAAUCAUAAUCUUAAGGACUGUCCCCUCACUAACACUAAUACUGUCGAGACCUGUUCGGUGACAAUUUGGCAGAGGGUUUGGCUUAACAAUACUCAACUGACAAAUAUUGUCUGCACUUAAAUCAUUGAUGAGAUCAGUUGACCAAAGAUUUAUUUUAUGAUAAUUAUGACAAUUAUCUGAGUAUUUAUAAAAUAUUUUGAAUGAAUUUGAAAGUUAUCGAUAAAUUAAUAUUAAGGGAUGUUUACGUUUGACAUUUGAAAUUAAGUGUCUAUUUAUCAUUGAAUUUAUUGAUAUUUUAUAUAAUUAUUUUAAACAAUAUUUUA